AGUAUUGACUCUUGCCUGUCUUGGCUUGAGUUGUCGUGCUUCCUUCCUUGCACUGCCAAAGAUAGUACAUGCGCUAUUUUAUGUACGUCAUCUGGAGAGGUGUGUUUCCUGUUGCUCCUGUACUCUGGACUAGUUUUGCAAUUCAGUGUUGUAGAGGUGAGGUGAACUUGAACGGAUUGACUAUUCAGUCGUUGUCUGCGUAGCUCGCUAGCUUUGCGAGCGGCGUGCUGGAGAAGGUGAAUGAAAUAGCUGUGUGCAAUCUGAUUUCCUGAAUGAAGGAAGAGAAAGGAACUGAGCUGUCCAUUACUUGUGACAGCUUGCACCAUGCCAGGUACUAUGUAAUCGGUAUGCAUAAUACCAUGCCACACUGAUUACGUUGAGACGCCAGCACAUUGCAAGACACCAAGGCUGACGGAAUGAGCACCGUUAGCUCAGUUGACGAAUCCUGUGAUGGUGCUUUCCAUGGAAUGCCCGGGUCUGAGGGCACGUACCCGCCAGUACCAAUAGCUCACAGUACAGGAUUACAUAGCACUGCACCAAGGACAAGACCACAGCAAGUACAUACAGCGGGUACUGAUGCAUCACAGGGAGCUGCACGUACCCGACCAUCCAGUGUGGCCAUGAUGACGGAGGAGAGUGGCAGGGAGUCACCGGGAAAGGCUGAUCAAUCUCACUGGGAAGGUGUAGCACCGCCAAGACCUGCACAUAUGCCUGUGCAGUGUUCGGAAGAAAAACCUAACAUUCCCGGAGCUAGCAUGGUUGCUGAUUCUGUUCAUCAAGCUGAGCUGUAUCAGAAACCGUUCACUGUGAUGAAUCCGAAUGUGAAAGUACAGCCCCAAGACGUACAUGUACAUGCUUCCAGCACCGCAGCUCCAAACGUUCCUUAUCAACGACCACUUAGUGAUACAGGGGCCAGCAGACUACAGGCGUAUACAUCUUCAGUCAGCCAGGAGUCAGCCAGUAUGGACGACUUGUCCGCAUCAGCGAGCAGUGCUUGUAUACAAGGCCGAACUCAGUUGAGACUGCAAGUAGUCCAAGCAGGCCCUGUUGAUGACAGUGGUAUUGAAGGUGGAACUGACAGCGGUACCGAGCGAGAAAACGGAGACCAGGCAAGGCGUCAACGCCGACCAAAGAGAAGAAGUCCCGGGGGCAGCUCUCCACGGUACAGGGACUCUCUAUCAGAGCUGGAAACUCUAAGUGCGUCUGCUACAGCUCUAGAUCAUCUUGCGUCACUACCUGCUCCGCCUACUGAUGCUCCAUUUGCUGGUACUGGUACUGCUGCUGGUACUAGUGCUGCUGCUGCUGCUGCUGCUGCUGUUGUGCCAGUGACAGUGGGAUACAUGCUAGUUCAUGAUCAGACUUCUCCAGGUCCUGUUACUACAGUGCCCGUGGCAUUGUCCAGUGAUUCGCUUCCAGCCGCAUUGCCUUCUGGGCCAGCAUCUGCUUCAGCAAUAGGUGCUUCGUCUCAUGCCACGACUUACAAUGACACAAGACAUGCAGCUCACCAAUUGGGACAAGACCAGUCCGCUAUGGAGCCAACAGGCACUCAUCAGCAGAAUCUACACUGGUCUGAUCAUCACCAACAACAACAGUAUGAGCGUUACCAGCAGCAGCUGCCUGCAGGCCACUCCACAAAGAGCAGCGAUCAAAAGCUUCUACUCAGCCGACAGGGCACGAUACAGGCCACACCAGCAACCGGCAUACAUGCAGGCAGCACAGCCACUGCACCGCCGACCACUAACAGCAACGAUGAAUAUAACUACUUGCUGAGGCGUCAGAGCAAUGUUCAAGCUGGCACACCGCAGAGCACUACAGUGCCGAUUUCACCAGCAGGUGGUGCUGCUGCUGCUACUGCUGCAAGUACACAGCCAUGUCCACCACCUACAGCAGAAGAGGAGACAGUGACCGGCUUGUCCAAUAAUGUUGCGACGCUUAACAUGCAGCAAUCACCAGCAGCGUGUGGGCCAACACACAUAUAUCUUCAGCAAGUGUUGGCCACUGGUGGCAGCAGCGUUGGCCAAGAAAGGCAUACACUAAAUUCUCCAAGUCACCCUCGUAACAAUCAGCAGAGUUCUAGCCGUGAUCCACAUGGAGACGCUGAAUUUGAGCAUGGCGUUGCACAAGGGUAUCCGCAUCGUGUUGCAGAUGUACCUCAAGUACCUGCUCAAAGUAUUCCUGGAACACAUGCCGCUGGGUAUGUAGCUAUGAGUGGGCAAGAGCCGACGCAGGCAUCACAUCGCUUUCGUAGCUGUAGCGACCCCGGCAGCAGGAAAAUUGCUGCUUCAUCAGCACACUCAGAUGAGAGGCUGUAUCAAACUACUAGUCAUUACCAUGGUCCAGUGCACAGUGGCGGCUUGAAGCGUGACAAUGGCCGACCUACGUAUGCCCAACAACACACCCUGACUGCUUCUACAGAGCCAGGUCGUCCCGAAUUUAGAAUGCAACAACUGCAGGAACAGUUCCUACACCCCCAUCAGACUGAGCAGCAGCAACAGCAACAGCAUCGCCCCCGUAAGAAGCAAGAGCAGCAGCAACAGCAUCACCCCCAUCAAACUGAGCAGGAGCAGCAGCAUCGCCCCCAACCACUGCAGUCGUAUCAAUCGCAGAGUCAGCAGCAAUGGCAUCAGCAGCCACAGCAAUAUCAGCAGCAGCAACAACACCAGCAUCAGCAGCAGGAGCAGCAGCAGCAGCAGCACCCCCAACCACUGCAGUCAUAUCAAUCGCAGGAUCAGCAGCAAUGGCAUCAGCAGCCGCAGCAACAUCAGCAGCAGCAGCAACAACAACCACAACCACAACAACAACAACAACAACAACAACAACAACAACAACAACAACAACAACUACAACAACCACAGCAAGGGUCACGUUUUCCACCACUACUGCAGCAACGUCACCACCACUAUCCUCACCAGCAGACACAACAUCAGCCACGUCAGCAGCAAAGCCCACUGACUUCGCAGACACAACAUCAGCCACGUCAGCAGCAAAGGCCACCGACUUCAUGGCAACAUCAAGACGCGUACAGCCCAAGUACUCCUACACAACUCCAACCGGAAUACCACUCAGCAAAUCUGCAGCAUCAAGCUCAACACAGGUAUACCAAACCUGCACAGCAGUUGAUACAACAUACACCAAUGCCAUUCGGUGAUGGCCGCCCCUCUGGCUCACAUCAGCCACAGCACACACCGCAGGAUGGGUACCAUCAGCUACCAGAGGAAGUUGAAGACCCGCAGAAAUACGUAGCAGACUAUGACCAUCACCAGCAACAACAUCUCGCACAUCAGCAGCAGUAUUUGCCACAGGUCCAGCAACAACAUCUCGCACAUCAGCAGCAGUAUUUGCCACAGGUCCAGCAACAGAAACAGCAAGAGCAGCGCUUUCAGGAUCAGCAGAAGCAGCAGUGGCAUGAGCACCAGCAACCGCAGAAAUGUCCAGAUGAGCAGCAGCAGCAGCAACUGCAGGAAGGCCAUUAUCAACCAUGUUCCCAGCAAACGCCCAGUACGCUACAAAUGAAUUACCCGCGAAUAACCUCGGAACAGCGUACAAAGCGACAACAACGCAGACAACAGAAACAAGAGGAACGAGCCUGUGUUAUGGAAGAAAAGCAAACUCAGUGUGAUAGAGAUCAACAGCGGCAACACCCGCAGCAGCAGCAGCGGCAACAACAACCACAACAACUCCACCAGCAGCAACAGCAGCGGCAGGACCAGCAAUCUACGGCCAACCAGCACCAAGUCACCAACCCCCAGACUGGACACACUGGCCCGCUUUCACAGUCAGCAGCUGCUUCACAUGAUGAUAUAUCAGUGCACAGUUCCACCCAUGCGCACCCUGGUUUGAGUGGUGAAUGUGACAGCGAUGACAGUGACGAUGAUGGCCUGUCACUGUACCUAACAGGACGGCCACGCAACAUGAAAGAUCGUUCAAAUUUUGCACCUGACUCUUAUGAUGGCCUGAAACUAACUGAAGACCUGCAAGAAAUCUACUGGACAAAGACCAAUAAAAUACCUUCGUUGAACUGGAUGAGAGAGCGUGCACUGAAAAUGCGCAAUCACAUUGUCAAUGUCAGUCUCUUGGACGCAGAAGCAACUGAAGAGCUCGCUCUCCGCUACAAUGAUGUCGGCCUGCAGCACCAGGCAUUUGCUCUCAAGCGAAAGGCCGGUGCCAGAAGCAUGCCCCUCAACAACUUCCUGCAAAGGAUUGUUAAGCGCCAGAAGCACGAGCGCCAGUAUCUAGUCUAUGGUCCUCCAGGUGUUGGAAAGACGGUUGCGCUCUCCUACAAACUGCCUUUUGAGUGGGCCACUGAGAAAGCUCUGAAGAUCUACAAGUUUGUCAUUGUGGUGCCAUUGCGCGAGUCUCACCUGGCAGCUGAGCUUGACCCAGCCAUUCUCCUCUUGUCCAGAAUUUCACGGCUUAGGGAAGAUGCAGAGCUCAGACACAAGAUCUACAAGGUUCUGGAACGUGAAGAGAAGCAGCUGCUGAUUGUGUUUGACGGUCUCGAUGAGGUUCAGAAUCCCAACCAGAAGGCAGCAUUCAUGCGCAUACUCCAUGGUGAUUUGCUCCCAAUGUGUACUGUACUCGUAGCAAGCAGACCUUGCAGGCUGGCUAGUGAGUACGCAACACAGGCUGAUCAAUGUGUCGAGGUGAUUGGCUUCAAUGAUGAUGAUGUCCGCCUCUUUGUUGAGAGCCGUUUCAUCCGCAGUCGCGAUGUUGGCAGGAAGCUGAUGGAGGUCUACCAUUCGCAGCCGACUGUGGCCACGCUGAUGCGCAUACCACUUCUCGCGUUGGUAAUCUCGUUUCUCUUUCAACAAACUGGUCAUGUCGAGUCGCUGUACAGUGCUCUGUAUCGGACACUGUUUCGCAACUGGGUACAGCGGCAUAUGAAGAACAAGGACAUCAUGAACGCAGACAAUGCAGCUGUGCAACCCUCACCAGCACCGCUGACACUUGAACUGCCUAAUGGUGAUGUAUCCGGCUUUGAAGGCGAUGGCUUCUCAAAGGAAACGAAAUGCCUGAUGUAUCGUCUUGGAGAGCUAGCUCUGAAGCAGUUGCUAGCUGCGGAUGACCAGCGUUUGGUUUUCAGUGCACAGCUUGUGAAGGACCACCACGUGGAGCAAGCUAUGACAUUCGGCUUCCUGUCACACGCCGAGGUGAAGGAUGUGACCAGUGGACUGAAGGAGACUGUACAGUUUCCUCAUCUCACUUUCCAAGAGUACCUGGCGUGUGUGUAUCUCACCAGCACAACUGCCACCCAGCGGCAAAGCUACAUGAAAGAAUGUGUGCAGCGACUUGGUCAGGAUGAGAACAUGUCAAUGUUCUGGCUCUUCCUCGCUGGUCUUGGUGGUGGCAAACAGGCCAUGGAUGUUGUGCGGUGUCUGAAGGAAGACUCGGAGAACACAGUGUCUCAUAGCGAUGCCAGUUUGCCUGCUGUGCGCCGUUUCGUCCUCCUUAUGCUGCAGAUUGUACACGAAGCCUUCCACGAUGAAGCCAGUGUGAAAAACGAGCCAUCAUCAUCAUUGUCAGCAGCAGCAACCAGCAAAAGGAGAGACCAAACUACGCCAGCCAGCAUCUCUCCUUCAGCACGUCACUCUCAACAGAUCUCACAGCUGCUAAUGAUGUCAUUGCCUGGUAGUAGCAAGCAGGUGAACCUAGCCAACAGUCUCCAUGUCCCAGCCAACGAAGUGGCUGCGCUCUCCUUCUGCCUACACCAUUGUCAGUCUGCAAUAGAGCAUAUUAACCUGACCAACUGCGGUGUGGACAAAGCCAUGCUAUCACAGCUGCUACAGAGCUGCAGAAAGAUCAAGCAGCUAACUCUGGCUGAUAACAAGGCCAGCAUGACUGGUGAUGCGUGCUUGGCAUUGUCCAGGGCGCUACGCAAUCGCAUUGGUGCUGUGUGCAUGCCUGAGCUUCGCUUUCUCAGCCUGUACCAAUGUGGCCUGAAGGAAGAAGAGUGCUUUGAACUCGCUAAAGCGUUGCAGCGUCACUUACAGCUUGAAGAGUUGCAGCUGAAUUGGAAUGUAGUGGGCGAUAAGGUUGCAGUGAAACUUGCUGUGCUCCUGGAAGAUGAUGAGAACAAGCCCGAUGAGAGGAAACACCGCUUGAAGAAACUCAUCUUGACUCGUUGUGAGAUUGGCAGCGAGGGUGCAAGCUGCCUUCUGCAACAUGCAGCACGUUGUGCACGUCUUGAGCGACUUGGACUCUCCCAGAACCCAGCCAUUGGUGACCAGACUGGUUAUGCUCUGGCCCUGCUACUUGCCCGACAGCAGCAAUGCCGCUCAGUGUGUACGGCAGACCGCUCAGUGUGCACGGUAGACCUAAACAAGUCCAGCAUAGGUGACCAAGGCUUGUGUGACGCAGCUAGGUACAUGAACAGCUUAGAAUCGAUUGAGGGACCCAGUUACUUUGCACAGUAUGGUCAAGUCAGUGUCAACAUGACCGACUCGGCAUCAACACCAGAGGCACGAGAGAUAUUGGCUGCAGCAAUGCUGGGACACACUAAUGCCACCAUCAACUUUGGUGCAUCCAAAAUCGUCGAUGGCAAGGUUUUAGAGACAGACGUUAAGGAAUUGCUGUUGAACUCCAUCACGAAGGACGGCAUGGCAGAUCUACGCUACAACCUGGAACAUGCUGGCUUAGUUCGACUGCGUGAUGUUCUGAGCACCGACAUAGAGCUUCAAGACCUUCGCGUCCGCAAUAACAGACUAUCGGAUCCUGCUGUACCUGUGCUGAUCGAUAUCCUGAUGAAAAGUGGCGAUCUACGUUGUUUAAGUCUGUAUGAUAACAACAUCAGCAGCGACGCGUUUGCUGCAUUCUGCGCAGCACUCAUCGACAAUGACAUCCACCCAGAUCUGGAAUGCUUCAAUAUCGGCCGCAAUCCCGUUGCUGGUGUAAACGGCAUGGCAGGCCUAUCGCAGUGGCUACAAGAGAGCACGUGCAAUCUACUCUCGUUGGGACUGUAUCAUUGUGAGCUAACAGAUGUUGACAUGGACACACUCUGCCAGGCAUUGCGCAAUAAUGGCAGUGUGCAGUUCCUGGACGUGGGCGCGAACAGGAUUACUGACCUUGGUCUGCAUGCAUUUGCCGGCAUGCUAUCAGACAACACAGCACUGUGCUACACACAGAUGCAGGACUGCCAGGGCAUCACGGAGGAUGGAGUACGUGCAGUGGCAGAGCAGAUUCGUGUGUCUGAGCUGAAGGUUCUCUGGCUUGGACAAAUCAAGGCGUUAGGACAGUCCAUAUUCGACGGCAAAAUUCAAGACGGAUACCACCGCUGUUCUGACUAUGGCAUUAUCAACCGCAGCCGCUGAUUGUGAAGACAAGCAGACAGCGUUCACCUUCCAGCAUUGUGUCUGCUACAUUUGGGCAGGCCGAUGCUGUCUUUGUAGACAGAAGCAGCCAUUGAUAAGAUGAUGUGUUUCCAAUGGUGUGUUGCAGUGUACACCAAUGGUCACUCAUCUGUGGGCAUGCUUCGGAUGGCCACGGUGACUUGAACAAUCCUUCAUUGCCAUAUUGAUAAAGAUCGUUGAGAAAAUUUUCUUAUAUCCACUUGCAUCACAGGUGAUGGUGCAUUCGAAUAUGUAGCUUGCUUUCAAUCAACCAUGUCAAAGCUGCUUGUUAGUUUCAGCCACUCCUAUAGCACAGUGCCUUUAUACAUUUCUUUAUAUUAAUUUUCUAUUUUCCUUGUGAGAGAUCCCAUGCCAGCAGGUAUUUGUCACUUUCCGUUUGGUGAUGCUCUCUGCAAUUCGUUGAGAUUCCCUUGCGUGCUUAUCCCAUAGCCAAGUACUAGUCAUCAUCACGAUUGCAUUCUACUGCACUGCGGAUCUUGCCUGUUCUUAGUUAAAGCAUGCUUGUGUCAUGCUUGCAGCAGCUGCAUGCGCACCUUUUCUACAUUUUAAAGUUACUCCCUUGUCACUCAAGUUGUCAGCUAUAUCUGCUGUUCAAUUUCUGUCAUGUUCCGUUCCUUCCCUUUCUUUGGUAUCUAUCCUAGCUCAGCUCACACUCUGCACCAGGAGCAGCAAAAUGUUUUUUUUAUGAUGCACUUACAAGCCUGGUGUUUCGCAAGCUCUUUAUUUCUCUGCUGCAUGAAACAAUAUUCCUUUUCAUGAGUGAUUUCUCCCCCCCCCCCCCCUUAUUUGUAGGCAAUCUCCAGCGAGACGUGCAUUUGAAUGUUAGUGUACUUGGAUUCCUAGUUUGUUGUUAUCGUUCCAAAUGAUUUUUCCUUGGAGAUGUGUACACACUGUAUUUCGUACACUAUUGUUGAUGGUGUACUCGAUCUCCGGACAGCUAGCUGUUUCGACCUGUUUA